AUGGACGGUAAACAAGAGUCAUUCAUCGAAUCGUCUUUAAGAGGCGGUCCAAAAGUUUUCGUUGUCGGUACCAUCGUGUCUAAAUAUCCUUCGUCUCCAUACAUCUUCCGAAACUACCAGUACCCGGAAACCGCCGAGGAUGAAAACCAUGGGAGAUAUGCGAUGCCAGGUUCCUGCAAACACUUGAUGUGGCACUGUUUGAGGGCUUCGAGCGCUGCCCCGUAUUAUUUAGCCGAUUUUUCGUUAGGUGAUGAGAAAUGGCAAGACGGCGCCGUCACCUGUAACAACCCAGCGAUGAUGGGCAUCAUGGAGGCGAGACGCUUGUGGCCAGACCGACAGAUUGAGUGCGUGGUUUCCGUCGGAACUGGAGAGGUUCCGCGGGUUAAACGAAAAGAUGCUUCAUCUUUCCACAGACUAAUCGACGCUUCUGAAGUUAUGCUCGAAUCCUCUUGUAAUGUAGAGAGAGUAGAUGAGGCGUUGGGAACGCUUUUACCUUUGAUUCCAGAGACGAAAUACUUCCGUUUCAACCCUGUCGAUUCGAGGUGUGAUAUAGAUUUAGACGAAAUCGAUAAGCAAGCGCUGAAGCGACUGAGAGAAGCAACGGAUGAGUACGUGAAAUCUGAAAACGAGCGAUUCGGGGAACUGUGUCAGUUGUUGCAGCCGGACGCUUUGGACGAAGAAAUAGCAGCUGUGAUCGCUACUGGACUCGGCUCUAAGAAAGGAGUUUUAGUCAUCGAGGCGCAGAGAUACGAGAACGAAUUCGCUGCGAAAACUGAUAUCGUGGAAGAGUUUUGCGCUUUGCGGUCCAUUCCAUUCGCUCGUAUUGAUACAUCUUCGAGUUACAAUCCUGAUAAUACCGGAUUCUCUUUUGGGAAAAACGGAGCCACGAGUAAGAAAAGUAACAACAACGAUAACAGUCACGCCCACGCGGAGGACAAUAAUACUAUUAGAAGCAGAAACGGUAGUAGCGGUAGUAACAGAAACAAGACGGGAGGAGAGGAAGAACUUUUGGACGAUACCAACGUAGCAAUUGAGAAUCUCAACGCGCAGUUUAGAAGGAUUGGCGCAAACGCAGGUGUCAUUCACUUGAACUGCGUUUCAGAUUUGGAGGGCAUCGUGUUGCGUUGGCAACACGAUAUUACGGCCAUAGCAGAGCCUUCAGCUGUGGCAAAUUUGUUCAUAGAGUGUGCGAAAUAUCCAUCAAAGCAAUCGCAAAAGUUCACCUCUCUGUAUGAAAUGUGUUCCUCUGUACCUUCAGUCGAGGUGGAAGGUGUUUUGCACACGUUCAUAGGAAAGCACUUGCAGGCAGAUUCCAACGACGGGCAACUUGGCGCGUAUCUCUUUAAAAGAACUAUUCCUCUGGAGUAUUUGUCAGAUUACACGGCGAGUAAACUUAUUGGCAUGUGGAAGGAUAAAAUUAUCGUCAGUCAAGCUUCUAUUGGCGCAGACUUGCUGGAAGCUUUGUUAGAUGCCGGAGCGAAAGCAAUCGUGGCUCCUUCAAACGAAGAUCCAGACAACUUCAUAUCGGCCGGCGCAGACGGGGACGAUAUCCUUCAGUUCUUCGCGGCGUUUUAUCAUGCAUUGUACGUUGUUGGCGCGGAUGCACCCGCGGCAAGUUCUGCAGCGUGUAUGAUUCAACCUUCUUGUAGUUACUUUCGAUGUCACGUGCGUGUGCGAGGGAGUACGGUCGAGUUGAAACCAGGCGAAGAAGUAAGAAAAGUGGCCACGCCGAAGAAAGCUGCGCAAGAACAACAAAAUUAG